UCAUUCUAGUCACUCCCCUUUCAGCAGCGGCUGGUGUGUCAGGCUAAUCCUUCCCUCUCCAUAAAGGUUCCGCUUUCUGCCCUUGACGGGUAACAUGGCCACUGCAACCAAAUUCAUUCAGAAGCUCAGAAACUGGGCGUCUGGGCAUAAUCUUCAAUCAAAAUUACAGCUGCGUUAUACGGAAAUUGCAAGCAGGUCACCGCCUCCACCAAAUCUUCCAGUGGGUCCAAACCACAAGUUGGCCAACAACUACUACUGCACUCACGAUGGACGCCGAGAAAAUGUACCUCCUACUAUCAUUAUGUCUCCACAAAAGGCUCUGGUGUCUGGAGAACCCUCACCCAGCUCUGACGUGACCGUUGCAAAAGCCCUAAAGAAGCCGGUAACACCUGGACCUUGUCCUCCCAAGCUGAAGCUGUCAAGUGAUGAGCCAUACCUGUGAAUGAAGCAUGAAAACCUGAAUCUGAAAUAUAUGCAUCUAUUCAACUAUUAUAUUGUAUAAAUCGAAAAUAAAGAAAAAGAAAAAUUUGAA